UAACGUGGUGCUCACCGAGAAAAAGAAACUCACGGAGAAUGAUGUCACGCGGAGGAAGGCCGGGCCGGCUGUUUAAAUGGUAAACACAAACUCACGUAGCAAAAGACAAAAUCAAGAAGUUCGAAAUGACGAGGCUAUUGAGUGAGUUGCUGGCCAGUAGCAAUGGCCGGGACAAAAUCGUCCGGACCAUCAGCUAUGCCUCGCUCUGUGUAUCUGGCUUGACCUCGGAGAGACACGGGCAGCUGGCGAAAAAGUUGGAAAUUGUGAGUUCGCAGCUAAACCACUUCCGGACUGUUUCGCGGCUUUUCGAUGACUUGGCCAUGCUCAAAUACAGUCUCACUUAUGGCCUUGGACGUGAGGAGAAAGACAAAAUUUUGAGGAUCUUAGGCAUUCUUUCAAAUAUCGUGGAUCAGCUGUAUUACCCUUUGGAACAUAUAGCAUGGGCUGCUGAUAGCAAGCUGAUAACAUUAAAAAAUGGGUCCGACUCUUGGUGGCUAGCAAGCACAACAUGCUGGUGUCUUUCUUUGUACUUCCAACUAUUGAGAGCUCUCAGACUGUUUUCCAAUGCUCAAAAGGCUCUCAAAAAUUGUCAAAGUGAUGAAAGAAGAGCGGCAACUUUAAGGGCAAAUCAGCGGGGCUACCUGUUGUUGGCCAUUCAAGCAACGGUUGAUCUAGGCCACGCUGUGCACUGGUUGCCAGAGGGCUUCCUAUGGGGUGGCAAAGUGAGCACCUGGAAGAGAGGCGUUCUUGGGACUGUCAGUUCGCUCAUCGGUCUCUACACGGCUGUGAAGGUGCUCAACAAGAAAUAAUUAGCGAAGGGCGGUGUGUGGCGAAUCAGAGAGAGAGAGAGAUUGAGUUGAUGAGCAGUUCAUUCAUGCAAAUCGUUAAUAUACAACCACUGCCUGUUUAAUUGGGCAAAAAUUGGGAGUGAAAAUGAAAGCUUCAAUUUGCUUGAGAGGCUGACAAAAAAAAUUAAAAAAAUUUUUAAUGCUUGCUUAAAAUUUUGAAAGUAGAAGAGAUUUUUAUCGAGUUUCAUUUUAUUUGUUUUAAUUAUUAAUUGCGUCAAGCAUGAUUCAUUUUCCGUGAUAUUUGAGCAUUCUAUAACACAAAUUAAUUGUAAAAUGUAAAUAUUGAUAAAAUACACCCAACAUGAAGAUAAGAACCUUGUUAAAUGAAAUUUUUUAAACUGACACUAUAGGAAUAUAAAAUAUAAUUGACUUUCUUCAUAAAUAUAAAUUUAAUUCUCUAAAUCUAACUCAAGUAAGCUGUUAAGACUGAAUUCUUGAGCUUUGAAUGAUAAAUUUUUUUUUUAAAUUGAGAGGGAUUUUUGUCUUGACAUUCCGCCCGUUCUAAUAAUUGUUACCGUUAUUAAAAGUUUUAAAUUGUUGCUUUUUGUACUAAAAAUAAAUAAAACAUCGAGUUCCUUGA